CAAAAACCCUAGCCCACUCCUGAGAUUCCUCCCCAGCACACCACCUCGCCGCCGACCCCGAUGCCGCCCAAGGCGAAGAAGGACGCCGCGCCGGCGGAGCGCCCCAUCCUCGGCCGCUUCUCCUCCCAUCUCAAGAUCGGAAUCGUUGGGUUACCCAAUGUUGGCAAAUCAACUUUCUUCAACAUAGUAACAAAGUUGUCAAUCCCAGCCGAGAACUUCCCUUUCUGUACCAUUGAACCAAAUGAGGCACGGGUAAAUGUUCCGGACGAACGUUUUGACUGGCUUUGCAAACUUUUCGAGCCAAAGAGUGAGGUGUCUGCAUAUCUGGAAAUCAACGACAUAGCUGGACUUGUUAGGGGAGCUAGCGCAGGGGAGGGUCUGGGCAAUGCCUUCUUAUCCCAUAUUCGUGCUGUUGAUGGGAUCUUUCAUGUCUUGAGAGCAUUUGAAGACUCAGAUAUCACUCAUAUCGAUGAUACAGUUGAUCCUGUUCGUGAUUUGGAAACUAUUAGUCAAGAACUAAGGCUCAAGGAUAUAGAGUUUGUGCAAGCUAAAAUUGAUGACCUUGAGAAGCAAAUGAAGAGGAGCAAUGACAAACAGCUUAAGAUAGAACAUGAAUUAUGUCAGAGGGUCAUGGCCCAUCUCCAAGACGGGAAAGAUAUACGUCUAGGCGAUUGGAAAACUCUUGAAAUUGAGAUCUUGAAUACCUUCCAGCUGCUGACCGCUAAGCCAGUUGUUUAUUUGGUGAACAUGAGUGAGAAGGACUACCUGAGGAAAAAGAACAAGUUCUUACCAAAGAUACAUGCUUGGGUGCAAGAACAUGGUGGUGAAACUAUUAUUCCUUUCAGCUGUGCCUUUGAACAGAAACUAGUGGAUAUGCCAGCGGAUGAAGCUGCUAAAUAUUGCGCUGAAAACCAGACAGUAAGUUUGAUCCCCAAAAUCAUCAAAACUGGGUUUUCAGCAAUUCAUCUUAUUUACUUCUUCACCGCUGGUCCUGAUGAGGUCAAGUGCUGGCAAAUCAGAAAGCAAAGUAAAGCCCCUCAAGCUGCUGGUGCAAUUCACACUGAUUUUGAAAGAGGCUUCAUAUGUGCUGAGGUAAUGAAGUUUGAAGAUCUAAAAGAGCUGGGCACCGAGUCUGCUGUCAAGGCUGCUGGAAAGUACAGGCAGGAAGGAAAGACAUACGUGGUGCAGGAUGGAGACAUCAUAUUCUUCAAGUUCAAUGUUUCUGGAGGUGGAAAGAAGUGAUAAAUUGCCAAAAGAUCGUAGUGAUUUGACAGGUUGCUGCAUUUUUAUGGAAAGUUGUAUUUUUGAGUUCUCUUGCAAGUAGCCAGGUACCUGUACUGAUUGUAUUGUACGAGGAGGCUGUAGCUACCAAAUGAUUGUAUAACGAGCCUAAAAAUUACUGAAAGAACCUACAUGGUAUCGGUUUCAGUCA